AUGGAGCAAAAAAGAGUCUACAAGGUCGUCUUAACCGGAGGCCCAUGCGGAGGCAAAACCACUGGACAAGCAAGACUUUGUACAUUUUUUGAAAACAUGGGAUGGAAGGUGUUCCGUGUCCCCGAGACAGCGACCGUGCUGCUCAGUGGCGGCGUCAAGUUCUCCGACUUGACAGAAGAAGACAGUGAGUUUAAUUUUUUUAUUACAUAAUUAAUCAAUUAUUUUUAAGAAAGAUAAAUAGUCUAUAAAAAAAAUUAAUUAACACUUUGAUCACAGAGCCAGUGA